UAAAAUGCGUACUCGUACUAAUUAAACAAACAUUACACCAAAGUACCAAACCUAAAUUAUUCCAAAAAAGAAAAGCAUGGUUUUGCCAAUUGGACAAAGAUGAGCCGUCAUGAUUCAAGAAGCUGUAUCCAACAACAAAAGAACAAAAAUUGAGUUUGCAAUUUGCAAAUCUUACAACUUACAAUGAUCAAAAUUUUAUUUUAAGGAAAAAAAACACCCAAAAUUCCCAAAAAAAUACCAAAAAGAAAAAAAGAAAAAAAUAAAAAUAAAAAAUAAAUAAAAGACGAAGAAGAACUGGCAAAAUGAAGUGAGCAGAGAGCAAGCUGAUAUUUUCAUCUCAUCUCUCAACCUUCCUUUCUCACUCAUCCGCAUUUUCUCUCUCCUCUUCUCUCAACAAUUCUGAGCUCAUACACUCUCAUUCUUCUUCAUUUGCUCGAAAAAUCCCCAAUUUUCAUCUUCAUUUUUUAUCAAUUUACAUCUACUUGAGCUUAACUUUCUGGAGUAGCUCGAAUCGAAACCCUAAUUAAUCGAUCAAUAGUUUUUAUUUCCCGAUUUUAAUUAUGGAUGGUGAUUCUUGGGCUGCUCGUUUGUCUUCUGUUUCUAAGCGUUAUCAAUCUGCUUUCCAAACUCGAUCAGAUGUUUAUAUGGGAUUUGAGGAUAUUGAAGGAGAUGAUGAUAUAAGGGAGGAGUUUCCAUGCCCAUUUUGUGCGGAGUAUUUUGACAUUGUUGGACUGUGCUGCCACAUUGAUGACGAGCAUCCUAUUGAAGCAAAAAAUGGGGUAUGCCCAGUUUGUGCCAUGAGGGUAGGGGUUGAUAUGGUUGCACACAUCACGUUGCAACAUGGGAACAUUUUUAAAGUACAGCGCAAGAGGAAAUCGCGCAAAAAUGGAUCGCAGUCAACACUUUCACUGUUGAGAAAAGAAUUGCAGGAAGGAAACUUACAGUCCCUGUUUGGGGGUUCUUCCUGUAUAGUGUCAUCUUCCAAUGCUGCACCUGAUCCUUUGUUAUCAUCUUUUAUAUUGCCUAUGGCUGAUGAUAUUGGGAUGUCUCAGUCUCAAUCAUUAUCUGAUACAAGCACAACAAAGAAAGGCAAAGAGGAGAGUGUACGAGAAAGGCAUGUGAAAUCAGAGCCCCUGUCAAUCAAAGAUCAAGAGGAGAGGGCAAGGAGAUCUGAAUUUGUCCAUGGUUUGUUGAUGUCUGCCAUGUUCGAGGACAAAUUAUGAAGUUGCGGGUUGUGGAUUUGAGAGGAUCAUUGGUAAACCAGUUUGUAGUGAAUAUGCAAAUGUAUCUGCGAGUGUAAUAACCUGUAGGAAUAAAUGUAAUUUAUGAUGAGAGUGGAAUAUAGCUCUAGGCUCAAACAGAUAUAAUCCUUGUUAAAUUCUCACGAUUUUCGUUACUCUUAGCACGAGGAAUGAAGAUAUAGAAGUUUGUGUUUGCUUACCA